AUGAUUGGGAUGGUGAAUGUACCAUGCGAUACUCCUAUAGACUUCUACGCCGGUGCUCCAAAUGCUCAGAUUUCAGUACCAGAAACAAUGACAAAACGAAGACCAUCGUUUCGACCAUUGUUCAUAAGCACUCGAGAUAAAAUCGAAUACGCAAUGGAUGGACGUAAAAUGAGCAACGGCAAAUCCGAACCCAAUAAACUCUGGGAGGAGCUCUUUUUGCGUUCGUUUAUCAAUCGCCUUGAGGAGGAAAUCCAAAGCCCAGUCGAAUCAUACAAGACGCUCGAAUCCGAAUUAGCAAAACUCAACAUCAAAGACAAAUCUCUAUACCGGUCCACAUACUCGUUAGUCUCACACAAUCGAGUCGAAGACACAGAGUUUGAUGAACUUGAAGAACACCUGAAAGAACGGUGCUUACCUGAGUGGAUGGCAAAAGGCAGAAUUUUCCGAAACGACAGCUUUUUUGUGAAUAAAGAGCAAAAUAACAGCAUCGUCUUUGCUCAUCAAGAAUACAGUGAAUUAUUCUACAAAAUGUUUAACCAACAUCUGCUGCCUUAA